AUGACUAAUCAGGGUUGGGUGCUGGUGUUGCUCACGGCAGUGACCACCAUCACAGGCUGUCUAGUGGUAUACACAGACACUGUGUAUCGUGUGCUAUUCCCCAGACUAUAUGAAAAGCACCCCUUUAACAUUCAAAAAAAUACACCUUUCCUUGUGGCCACAUUGUCGUUGAGUUCUGGUAGCUUACUAUUCACCUCGCUCAACAGACUGCUUCCUGAAGCAGACAAAUAUCUGGAACAGCUUAGAUCAGUUGAAGGCAAACCAGAAUUGCGCAAAGCCUUGCUGGUCACCUUCUUCUUCAUAGGUAUCUUGUGUUGUACCCUGCUCAAUCUGGCGAUCCACUUUUUCACCAAUGAGAGCAUUGUCCAUUGCGUUCAUGAUGACGAGUACGGCCGUUCAGACACGGAAACGUCCGAUUUGGAGUCUGCCUCAGAGGAAAGUCCUUUGCUAAAUCAUGGACAUAAGCCUCACGACUACUUUUCACAUCAUGCUCACAAUCGUUCUUCAGUAGCUGAGGAUGUCCAACAAUACUAUACAACAGCCCCAAAAAAGAUGUCCUUUGUGGACCUAUCCUUAAAAACACUGAAAGGAGCCGAAGUUGAAGGCGAGUGUCUGGGCACAAUAGAUUCUUGCCAGGAAGAACUUAUCGCACGCCAUCAUUUACAUGUGGGCAGAAAGUUAACCCACAACGAGCUACAUUUUUGCACCCUGCCAAGCGAAGAGAAUCUCAUGUUUUUCGACAAGGACAGAGAACUCAUUGUCAAUAAGAGUGAGAUUUGUUCAAAAUUCCCAGAGUUGGAAGUUAAUUCCCCCUUGCUGGUAAAUGUCCACGAAACCCCAUCGACUCAUAAACAAAAUGGACAUUCCCAACUCAGCCAUUCCCAUUCCAAGAAUAGUGAGGAUCAUCAUGGCCAUGAACAUAUACACAACUCUGAUUCCCGUUCUCUUGAACACCAUCAUCACCAUAUUCAAACGCCUUUGUCUCGACUACUUUCCAUUGGACUGCAGACAGUUCUUGCAAUCACGAUUCACAAACUUCCAGAAGGAUUCAUUAUGUAUUCUACUGCCCAGGCAGAUCCUAGUUUGGGACUUUCGAUAUUUCUUUCGAUGUUCAUCCACAACAUAGUGGAAGGGUUUACCAUGACCCUACCGCUUUCUAUUGCGCUCAACAGCAAGACACGCGCAUUUUUCAUAUCAAGCAUACUUGGAGCGAGUGCUCAGCCUAUAGGGGCAGUACUUGGAUGGGUAAUUUUCAGAGGAAAACUUGAUUUGGAUCAAGACAUAAAUUUGCUACUUUUUGGCUCCUUGAUAGCUGUGACAUCCGGCUUCCUCACAUACGUUGGUCUCCAGAUGAUAACGAGCGCUGUUGGAUUCGGAGGAAAGCAAGAAAGGGUGCUAGGGUUUGCUUUCUUUGGCAUGUUUUUGAUUUGUCUCAGUAACAUCCUAAUUAACAAGGACUAA